UGGUCUUGGCAUUAUCUAUCAUGGAGCAAUAUUGAAUAGCUACUUGUGAAAAAGCAGCAGCAAGGGUUUUUUUCUGGCUUUUACUGUCAACACUACAUGAUAAAUGAAGAUUCUUGUGAGAGGAAAAGGCUUGCUCACACAGUAGAUGGAAGGGUGCAGCUAGCUAGCAGACCAGCUGUACUGGCACACUGAAUGUGCUCUUACUUUUGAGGAGUGUCCUCCAGAUUCCCAGACAUCAUGUCAGUAGGAAUGCACUCCCCAGGAGGGCCCAAUGGGAUAAUAAGGAGCCAGUCUUUUGCUGGUUUCAGCACCUUGCAGGAGAGAAGGUCCAGGUGUAACUCCUUUAUUGGCAAUUCAGUUGCUUCUAAGAAGCCACAAUCCAAGCCAAAGAAAAUGCACACGUCGGGACACAAAACCAGCAGCACGUCGAAGGAGUCCCAGCCUAAACGUGUAGAGGAAGUGUACGAGGCAUUAAAACGUGGACUGAAUGAAUAUCUGGAAGUCCAUCAAGUGGAACUAGACAAGCUGACCCCUCAGAUGAAAGAUAUGAAGAGAAAUUCCAGACUGGGUGUCUUGUAUGAUCUUGAUAAGCAAAUCAAAACAGUAGAGCGAUAUGUUCGAAGAUUGGAAUUCCACAUUAGUAAGGUGGAUGAGCUGUAUGAGGCUUUCUGUAUCCAGAGACGAUUGCGAGAUGGUGCCUGCAAGAUGAAACAAGCCUUUGCUGUGUCUCCCUCCUCAAAGGCUGCCCGAGAGAGCUUAGUAGAGAUAAACCGGCGCUACAAAGAGUACAGCGAGAAUAUGUGCACCUUUGAAGGAGAGCUGGAAAAUCUUUUGGGGGAGUUCCACAUUAAAAUGAAAGGUCUUGCUGGCUUUGCGCGUCUUUGCCCAGGGGAUCAGUAUGAAAUUUUCAUGCGGUAUGGACAUCAGCGCUGGAAGUUAAAGGGCAAAAUUGAAGUGAAUGCAAGGCAGAGCUGGGACAGAGAAGAAAUGAUCUUUCUGCCACUAAUCACUGAUCUAAUUUCCAUCAAGGUGACUGAAUUAAAAGGCCUGGCCACGCACAUUUUGGUUGGAAGUGUUACCUGUGAAACCAAGGACUUGUUUACUGCAAGGCCUCAGGUGGUUGCUGUUGACAUCAAUGACCUUGGUACUAUCAAACUGAAUCUGGAGGUAACCUGGUAUCCGUUUGAUGUUGAGGAUUUGAUGCUGUCCAGCACUGGCAAUGUGAAUAAAGCUGCUGCUUUGCAGAGGAGAGUCUCAGUGUACAGCCAGGGCACCCCAGAAACUCCCACCUUUGAGGAAACUUCGUUUUUUUCUGCCUUGCCUGACGAUGUCUUUGAAAAUGGGAUUUCAGCUGGUGAAAAGAAGUGCUUGUCUUUCAGCUUCAAUGAGCUCCCCAACGGACACUGUACCCCGCCCCCUGCUCUCAUGAUUUCAGCUCUCGGCCUCUCUAAUCCAGAGAUCACAGUCACCCCGCCAGAAAAUGACUCUGAAUCCCAGAACUCCUCUGAGAAAGAUCCAAAUGGAAGUUUAGCAAGCGAGAACGUGACAGAAACAGAAUCAGAACAGGCUGAGAGCCUCCAGAAUGGGCCUGGCUCUUUGUGUUCGGAACACAGGCAGCAGCUGUCUGGCCUAGGACCUGAAGAUGUGUUCUUAGACUCCAGUGUCUCUGAUUCUCUCCUGCAGGACUCUGACGAGACAUCUGAGCUGAAGCCUGUAGAGCUUGACGCGGAUGACGGGAACCUCACCAAACAGCUGGUGAAAAGGUUGACCUCAGUGGAGACCCUGGUGACCCCAGAGAGGAUGCCGUCCGACGGCUCCCUAAGCUGGGAGUCCGACGGCAGCAGGUCCUUCCUGGAUGGCAGUCUGGAGGAUUCCCUUCAGGGGCUUCUCCUUGGCCUGGAGACCCACAAGGAGCGGUUCCGGGAGCUGCAGGACCUGGAACAGGAGGUGAUGCGGCUGGAGGAUCUGCUUAAGUGCAAGCCAGCUGUACACAGAAGCAGGUCUUCGAGUUUAAGUCUGACUGUUGAGAACGCUUUAGAAAGCUUUGAUUUCCUCAACACCUCAGACUUUGACGACGAUGACAAUGGUGAUGAUGGGGAAGUUCCUCACUCUGUGUACUUUGACAUGGAGACAGAGAAGAAUGGUUCAGGGCACCCACAAGCCAGAGGUCACCUGAGUGAAGCUCUUACUGAAGACACAGGAGUCGGCAACAGCGUAGCAGGUAGUCCUCUACCACUCACCACAGGGAAUGACAGCCUGGACAUAACAGUUGUUAAACACUUACAGUAUUGCAGCCAAGUCUUACAGCAACUUGUCUCUUCAGAGGGAAAUGCUCUUGCUCAGAGGAGACUUCUGGAGAAACUCACAGGCCAGACCCUGGUGCUGGAGAACCUGGGGGAGAUCAGCACAGAGAGGCCUGGAGGCAUUACCUCUGCGGCAGAAGCAAUCCCAGCCCUUGAUGAGAAAAAGCUGCUGCUCUCGUUCUGGGAGGAGUGCAGUGGGCCAGGCAGUGUGUUCCACGCCUCCGUCGACAGAGUCAUAAAGCAGAUGCACAACUGCUUUGCAGCAGCAGUUCAGGAGAAACAUCCAGGUGGUGCUGCUAUAGCAGUCAGAUGCGUGGUGAAUGAAAUGAUGGACAGAAGUGAACUGGUCUCCACCUCCUCCUCCAGCUGCAGUCUCUCGCCAGAUGUAAUAACUAUCUUCCAGUUUCACAACUACAUGAUCACACAUGGAGUGUCCAACAUUGAGGACCACCUGCUCCACACAGCCAAUGAAGUCUUGCUGGUGGAGAUCCUGCUCACUGCGCCACCCGAGACAGUGCUGAGGAAGCUGCAGGAGGUGGAGGCCCCGGCCUUGCGACCACGGCAAGAAACACUCAGGGCUCUCGCUUCACUUCUCAACAGAAACAGCGCUGAAGUCAGUCAGACUGUGGCAGCCUUUCUUGAAGCAGCCGGACAGGACAAACACUUUAGAGAAAAGGCAGUUCUCUAUUACACAGAAGCACUGUCGGAGCCCAGUAUCCAGCUGCAGAUGUCUGCUUGUGUGGCACUUAGAUGCCUUAAAGCCACUGAAAGUAUUGACACAGUGGUUUCAUUGUGCAAGUCUGCCAAUGAGGAACUCGGACACGUUGCUGCAGAAACCCUUCUGACCUUCGGAGAAGACGGUCGACUGGCUUACGAGCAGCUGGAUAAAGUUCCUCACGAGAUGGUUAGACUGGGCACCCGAAGAGGGAACGUCGUUACCACAGCUUUUUAAAGGGGACGCAGUCCUGCCUGUCCUCAGUGUUAACUGUGGGGUACAACUGUGCUCCACCUACGUGAGCCCCCAUGGUGUGGGGAAGAUGGUUUAAACUGGCUAGACAAGUGCUAGCUUUCAGUUCAGUUUCUAUAUUGAAUUACAGCUCUUAAGUCGAGACUGUGCUUAUUCUGUGUCCAUUCACAUCAUAGCAUUAACAAGCCAUUUCUGUCUUUACAGAGCAUUUCUUUAUUAUUGAUUUUAGUUGGUUAAAUUCAUAAAACUUUAAAUUCAUAAAACUGUUUGUGCUUUGGAAUUUUCACAUAAUUGUUGGAUUUAUGUACAUCUUGUGCAUUUUACUGUUCUCUUUCAAGUACAAAAUGUAACCAUUACUGAAUGAGUAUUCACCUCCUAAAGACCAGAAAUCUGAAAAUGGUAUACCCCUGAGGGCACAAAAGGACUGCGCUCACAGAUCUCAGCGCCAUUGUUCCUAUCUGGCCGACUGGCUAAUUGUGCCUAGUCUCCAGCUCAGGCAGAGGCCUGCACAGAACUUGUCACCAGCCACCUUCAAUGAUUGGGCCUUAAGGAGAAUGUGAAGAGCCAUCUCACACCUCUCCAGACACUCCUUCUCAGAGUGUGCUUGGUCUCCGGGUCCAUACUCACCACUCUGUCGGAUGACAGAGCGCAGAGAAUAACCGUCUGUUUGGAGCUCUUUCAGCUCAACAGAGCAUUAAUGGUAUGACUUUCCAGAGUCUGAUGGCAGCAGCUCCCAGACCCAUCUAUUGGGUCUCCUGUAUAUGUGCCCUAUGUAGGCCUGGUUCAAUUACAGGUCUUCCAGCCCACAUUGAAUUGCGACCACCUCUGUCUAAGGGCACUUUAUUGGUGGAAACAGCCGGCCCAUCUACACCUAGCCGUAGCGCUGGGCACUGGCACCACAAGGGAGGUCAUCACCACGGACACGUCUAGCCUGUGCUGGUGCGCUGUGUGAAAUGGCCAAGGCAUGCAAGAUGUGUGGAACCCCCCAUGGUAAGGUCUCCACAUUAAUGUUUUUAGAGCUGCAGGCAGUUUAUCUAUCCUUGCAAAAAUUUAGCAGGAGGCUCAAGUGAGACAUGUGCUUGUCUGCAUGGCUCACUUGCUUUGCUGUGGGCGUAUUAGAACCUCUUUUCACUUCAGGCAGUUCAUCUGCCGGGGUGAUGAAAUGGGCUGCGGACCCCCUUUUCAAGGGGAGUACCCAGUGUGUCAGAGUGGAGGCUUCACUCUGAGGGGGUGAGCCUUAUCUGGGAGGUGCGGGACAGCAGAGAUAAACCUCUUUGCCUCCCAGGAAUCAACCCAUUGUUCCCACUGGUUCUCCGUAUUAGGAGGCGGGGAACCGCUGGGAAUAGAUGCCUUUGCACACCAGUGGCAUCUCUGUUGUGUCUGAAGGAGAUCAGGUAGUACCAGGCAAAGUUGCUCUUAGUAGCCCCAUACUGUCCCAGAAGAACCUAGGUUUUAACCCUGUUGCAGCUCCUGAGCGGUUAGCCGCAGAGACUGCCCUUGCUAUGGCUUUGGUACACUUACCCAUUCUGUAAUAGUUACAUUUCAUACUUGAAAGGGAACACUAGACUAUUAUCAUAUACCCUGGUUCCCUGAAAUAGAAAUGUAACAAUUAUCCUCAAGGUCAUUGUGCCCAUGAUAGCAGCAGGCUUGAAAGAAAAAUGACGCUGAGAUCUGUGAGCACAGUCCUUCUGUGAGCACAGUCCUUUUUGGGGGCGGGGCCACGGCUGCUUCACAGGCUCGUCGAGCAGCUUUGGUAUGCAAUUUUCAGGUUUCGGGUCUUUAGGAUGUAAAUACCCAUUCAUUAAUAGUUACAUUUCUAUUUCAGGGAACAUUUUAUUUUGUUUUUCAUUCCUCUACAUACCAUUUUAUUUCAGGGAUUUGAGUCGUGAAUAACUACAGUAGUGUAUAGGCCCACGAGGACAGUGUUAAAACGGUGUUGAAUGCAAAGUUAAAUAAAUGCAGUGCUUGAUGUCGUUUUUUUUUUUUCAUUUAAGGAGCCUUUCAAGAACAGGUGUGUUUCAGCUCAGGUGUAGAUUAAUUAUUUGAUAAUAUGUCAUAUGGAAAACAUUUACAUCACAAGUAAAUUCCAGUGCAUAUUUAGAAAGUGUUAAAAUAAAUAUUGUGUGACUGCAGUUAAAAGUGUCGGGGAUCUUAGCUUUUUAGGACUCUUAUUUAUAGUAUGUAUACUUUUUACUUAAGCACAGAGUUUCAGCUAACUAAAAGAGACCAGAGAUGAUAUUCAAGAUCAGACCCCAAUGACAACAGAAAACUGACAUACAGUCACAGGCAAACGUAUUGGCACCCUUCUCUUAUUAUAGCUUAAUUCAAGGUAACAGAUUAAGGACACGCAUUUAGUAAACUUUAACCACAAAUACACAAUUUCUAGUAAUUUAACAUAUGAUCUUUAUCAAAAAAAUAAACUAAGUUAUUUCAUUUGAAGUAUUUAUUCAUGAUAUAUUGGCACCCCUUCUUUAGUAUUUUGUGUUUCCUCCUUUUACUGUUAUUAAGGCUUUCAGACAUGUUUGAUAACUAGUAUGUUACAUCUUGUUGGUGAAAACUGGGCCUGUUCUGUCUUGCAUAUUUCCUUCAGCUUAGACAGAUUGCAUACACAGUGCUUGGCUACAGAUUUUUUCAGCCCAAAGCCUUUAUAUUGGAUUGAGAUCUGGUGAUAAACCGUCUGCCAGUCAGCCUACGAGCAGAUGGUAUCAUUGUACUUUCUAGAAUGUUUUGAUACAUGGGUGCAUUCAUUCGAUAUUCAAUCACAUGAAUGUCUCCAGUCCCUGCUGCUAAAACACUCCCAUAUCAUGAUUGAGCCACCUCCAUGUUUAACUGUAGGUACAAGGUUAUCUUUAUUGAAGGCUUUCCCUUCUAUUUGUCCAAAUAUACUGUUGUCUAUUAUUGGGGAAAAGUUAUAUUUUAGUCUCUCUGGACCAGAGAAUUUUUUUUUGAAGAAUGCUUCAGAUUCCUGUUCAUAUUUCUUGUCAAAUUUUAGGCAGUUUGUUAUAUGAAUUUUAUGGUUUGCAGUGAGGUCUAUGUGCAUACAACUGUUCUGUGUUCAGGUGCCUUUGUACAAUUCUGAUACUUCUAUAUCUUCUUUAAGUCCUUGGCUGUACCCAUAGUUUUCUUUGGAUGUCCACUUCUUUGAAGUGUUUCAGUUGAAUUAGUUCUGUGGUGCUUCUUGAUUAUUGCUCUGAUUAUGGAUUUUGAUAUUCCAUAUUUCGUUGAUACUGUUCUGUAGCCAUUUCCUUUGUUGUAGUUUGCUACGAGUGCUUUUCUCAAACAUGAAUCCAACUCCUUUGUCUUGAACAUCAUCUGCUGUGUUGCCAAAAUGUUCUUCUUCAACAGAUGUUGGAAAUAAUUAGCUCUUUUUCUGGCUAUUGACUUUAUAAUGCAGCUUAAUUACUAUUUAAAUCUAUUAAAAUAUUUAUUAGUUCUAUAACAUUUUUACAGACUUCUAAUGUUAAGGUGCCAAUACUUUUGUCAUGAACAAAUGAAAUGGCUUAAGAUUGUUUGUCAGACUACCAGAAAUUGUUUAUUUUGUUUAUGUGAAAAUGGAAUAAGAUUUUUUUUUUUUUAAUUAGAUUUUAUUAUUGGGUGUUUUAACUUGUGGAUCAUGUAAAAAGUCACUAAACCUAUUUUAUUUGUAACUGUAGUUUGGAAAUCACUGCUGCAGAUUAUGACAGUGUGAUAGACAAGUCCUCAAAGUAUAAACAUUCUCUUAUGAGGCAAGCCCUGCAGCUAAACACAGGAAGAGCAGGAGGAGAGUUAGCCUAGUGAAACGCAAAAGGGUAGCCAUGGGCUACAGGCAACAUCGAUCCCCACCUCCACCUCCACCUCCAUCUCAAACUGUUUAAUAAACAAUCAGUUAUCAAAGAUAUGUAUUUGAAAUAAUUGCUAUCUGAAAAAGGCAAUGUUACCUGUUUUUGAAAACAAGCUAUUUAUUUAUGUGUUUUUUUGCCUGUGGCACUGUGAACUGUGUUGCAUUUUUAGUUUAAUAAAUAAAGGUUUACAUUUGUAUCAGUUGUACAGCUGGAUACUUACUUUGGCUUUUCAAAAGCACUUAUUACUUUGAACAGAAAGUAAAACCUGUCUCUAUUACAACUAGGUUGUUGGUUUAGGUCGUACAGUGUGUUGCAGUGUUGGUUAACUUUAUGUAUUUUUUCUGUAUUUACAGCUUUUUUUCUGUUUGUCAAAAGUUGCAAUAAAGUUUAUUUUUGCAAAUUA